CUGACCGGCUCAUAAAGACUCCACAGAUUCAGUUCUCUCAGUCUGGAGUAGAAUCUACAACCAACAAGACUUCAGUCAGGAAAAAGACAGCUGUUGUCUCUCUUUGUUUUUUGGACUCAAAAGCAAGACUAAGCAACAGGGAAAGAUGGUGAGAAAGGAAGACCUCUUGGAAACUCUAGAGGAUUUAACAGAUGAGGAAUUUAAGGACUUCAAGUGUCUCCUAAAGGAUGAAAGUCUGGCAGGCUACCAAACCAUCAGAGCAUGCCGGCUGCAGAAAGCAGAGAGACGAGUCACCGUGGAUCUGAUGGUGAAGACCUACCAACUUCCUGCAGCUGUGGAGGCGACCAAGAAGCUUUUAAAGAAGAUCAACAGGAAUGAUCUGCUGCAGAGAUUAUCAGACCGCAGCUCAGGACCAGAAGGUCAGUCACAGGAAAAGUGGAAAAGUCUUCACUUCCACUCUGAUGCAGUCAUUCUCAAUCAACUUUAUUCACAAGAACACAUGAAUUUCCGUGAUGAUCUGGGGGCUUCAGAGAACAGAGGACCUUCCUCCCCUCUUCCUCAUCUUCUACCUGAAGUUUAUGAAGAGCAACAAGCUGCCAAACCGAGAGUCUGUGCUGGAACCAAACUGAAGGCCUGUCUGGUGUUUCUGGGGAUUCUGGUGAUUCUGGUGAUUCUGGUGUGUCGUGUCUUCAUCUGCUACGGGACUGUGGUCAGCGUCCACCAUCCAUCAACAUAUGAGGGAACAACUGAGGGAACAACUGAGGGGAGAACUGUGGCUCAGCUGGAGGAGACGCUCAGCACACAGAUGAAGAACCAGUUUGAGGCUGAGCUGAAGAGGGUCCAGCAGUAUGCAGUGGAUGUGACUCUUGAUCCUGAUACAGCACAUCCUUAUCUCAUCCUUUCUGCUGAUGGGAAACAAGUAUAUCAUGGUGAUGUGAGGAGGAAUCUCCCAGACAACCCAGAGAGAUUUUCUAGAAAUGCCUGUGUGUUAGGAAAGCAGAGUUUGUCUUCAGGCAGAUUUUACUUUGAGGUUCAGGUUGAAGAGAAGACUAAAUGGGAUUUAGGAGUGGCCAGAGAGUCGAUCAACAGGAAGGGGCAAAUCAUACUGAGUACUCUGGAUGGUUUCUGGACUAUAGUUUUGAGAAAUGGAAACAAGUACAAAGCUUGUAAUAACCCUUCAGUUGAUCUCUCUCUGAAGUCUCCUCCUCAGAAGGUGGGAGUGUUUGUGGAUUAUGAGGAGGGUCUGGUCUCCUUUUAUGAUGUAGAUACUGCAGCUCUUAUCUACUCCUUUACUGGCUGCUCCUUCACUGAGAAACUCUACCCAUACUUCAGUCCCUGUACUAAUGAUGGUGGUAAAAACUCUGCCCCUCUGAUCAUCUGUCCUGUCAAUUAAACUGCUUGAUC